AGGAAGCUCACCAUCCACGGCCCUUCUCAUGACGGGGAGCAGCAGGGAAUGUACGCCAACCGAUGAUGACCGAGGAGAGAGAGCAACUAGAGCGGCAAGAUGCCGCCGAUCAACAGCAGCAAAUGGCAAUCCUUCAACAACUUAUCGAAUCGGGAGAGAAGGACCGGAUUAAGGCGUUACUGCGCGAACGACUCCAGGAAUGGGGGUGGCAGGAUCAGGUCAAGGAAUUUUGCAAGGAAGUUAUGCGUAUAAAAGGCACAGAAAGCGUCACGCUCGAUGAAUUGGUUGAGCAGGUCCUUUCGAAAGCAAGAGCUGCCGUGCCGGACAGUGUCAAAGUGGAGGCGCUGAAAGAGGUCCGAGCGUUCCUGGAGACUGGGAAUGAUUGAAGAUGCCUUGCCGAACGCGAGUUUGUAAUAUUACAGAUAUAAAGAAAGAUCGCAUUGUC